CACGGGCCUGGCGUGACCUCCCCUGUGGGGACACGGGCAGCCGGGGGGGCCCCGUGGGUGGCUGUGGGGUCUCUGGUGCUGCCACAUCCCCCUGCAGCCUGAAUCUCCCGGAAAACACCGGGAAAGGGUCGCUGGAGCAGCCCCCCCUCCACGGGGUGCUCAUUGCCAGUGACGAGCCGCCUCUGGGGACUGUCCACCCCCCCCCGCCCCAGCAGGGAGAGUGUUCGUGACCCCAGUGCAGCCCCCGGAGCUGCCUCCCCCUCGGGGGGCUCAGCGCAGCCGGAGCUCCGGGGAAUGCGGGGAAUGCGCCGGGAUUUCCGGGCCGAGGGAGGGGGCUGGGGGUGACCUGGGGCCGGGGGGGGGGGUUCCCCACGCCGCCAGCCCCCGUCACAAGGGGUGUUUUGCAUCCCGAAACCCCAGAGGGGCACUGGGGAGCCGUGCCCGGUGCCAGCCCCACCCCGGGCUCUCUCGGCGCUCCCAGGGCACGGCAGCGGUGCCGGGGCAGUGCCUACCGAGCACCGAGACCCCCCCCCCCCGGCAGCGGUGCCAGGGCAGCGCUGGCACCCCCAGCUCAUCCCCGACCGCGGCAGCGCCGAGGCCGGGCUCGCUCUCGCCUCUUCCCCUUCCCUCCCUCCGCAUUCCCAAGUGCAUCCAAUUUUAGCAGCUUUGCAAAAACAAGCCCUCAAGUUUCCCGGGCUGGAGCGGCGGCACGGCCGGCUCGGGGAGGGCUCCUUCCCGCUUCCCACUUGGACACGGCUCCGGCCCCGUGUGCCAGGAGCGAGGGGGACAGGCCUCCUAUAAAGCCCCGCGGAGCCGUUCCCGCUCCCAGUGCCGGCCGGAGCAGCCAUGGGGGAGCUGGCGCUGGCACUGCUGGCGCUCGCCGCCCUGCACGGGGCCGGGGCCACAGAGCCCCUGGAGAACGACUCGGAGCCCGGGAAGAGCGGAACAGUGGGAAAGCCCUGGAAAGCCGCGCCCAACCCAGCAGAGCUGGACCUGGACACGGCAGGUAAAGGUGCUGAGUGGACGUCCUGGUUCAACAUCGACCACCCCGGGGGGGACGGGGACCACGAGAGCCUGGAGGCCAUUCGCUUCUACUACCGGGGCCGCGUCUGCGAGCGGCCCGUGGCCAUCCAGGCCCGGACCACCGAGUGGGAGCUGCCCGAGGAGGUGGGCGAGGUGGUGCACGCCAGCCCCAAGAGGGGCUUCCGCUGCAUCAACAAGGAGCAGCCCCCGGGCAAGACCUGCUCCAACUACCACAUCCGCUUCCUCUGCCCGCUGGAGCACAUCUACUGGUCCCACUGGUCCUCGUGGAGCCCCUGCUCGCGCCGGGCCUGCGGCAGCAGCGGCACCCAGACCCGCGCCCGCCGCUGCCUCAGCGCCCGCCCCGCGGCCGCGCUCAAGGAGGUCAAGUGCAAGGGCAAAGCCGUGGAGCGCCGGCCCUGCAGCGCCGGGCCCUGCCCAGAGCCCGCCUGGACGGAGUGGGGCCCCUGGGGCCCCUGUUCCCGCAGCUGCGGCAGCGCCGGGACGCGCGUCCGGCGCCGGAGCUGCGAGGCCGCCAAGAAGACGUUGUGCCCCGGCCGCCCCACCGAGGUGCAGAAAUGUCCCCCCUCGCCCUGCCCAGGUACCGCCCUCGGGGACGUGGGGACCCCCUCCCCGGUGCCCGCCGGCCCCGGGGGUCUGAGCUCCGUGCCCCCCGCAGCCUGCCCCGGGCACACGCUGCAGGGCACCGUCCUCACGGGCACCGGGGCGGCGCUGCCGGACGCCAGGAUCUACCUGGAGGGGUCCCCGCCGGCGCUGCUGGGCCGCAGUGACGCCCACGGGCGCUUCGCCGUCACCGCGGGGCUGUGCCAGGGCAGCGCCAACAUCAGCGCCCACCACGAGGGCUUCGUCCCGGCGCUGGCACCCGUCACCUCCAACGGCUCCGGUGCGGCCCCGGUGCUCCUGAGGCUGCGGAGGCUGGAGAAGCCCUACAUGGUGCUGCACCCCAGGGCGCAGGUCUGGGAGGCCGGGCAGGACGUGACCUUCUGCUGCAAAGCCUCGGGCACCCCCGUGCCCAAGAAGUAUUACUGGUACCACAACGGGACGCUGCUGGAGAGGAAGGGGCAGCAGCCCGGCGGGCGCCUGGCGCUGCGGGGGCUGGCACUGGAGCAGGCCGGCACCUACCACUGCAAGGCCAGCUCCGAGGCGGGCGCCAUCCGCUCGGCGCCGGCACAGCUCACCGUGCUGGCCCAGGGCCAGCAGAGCUGCCGCUCGGAGCCGGAGCCGAGCCUGGUGGAGCUGCCCAGCGAGUGCCCCCGGGACGCCGCCGGCUCCCGCCACUACAACGUGGGCCGGUGCCCGCCCUCCCCGUGCCCUGGCGGCCCCAGCGACCCCUCGGGCUGCGGGGGGGCCCCGGGGCACUGCUGCGGGGUGCGCAGGAUGGAGCUGCGGGAGAUCCCCUGCGCUGGCUCCCUGCUGCCCGUCAAGGUGGUGGCCGAGUGUGGCUGCGGGCCCUGUGCCCAGCCCCGCGUGCUCGUGCAGGGCCGGGUGACGGCGGCCGACACCGGGGAGCCCCUGCGCUUCGGGCAGAUCUUCCUGGGCGGCAGGAAGGUGGGAUUCACCGGCUACAAGGGCUCCUUCACCAUCGAGGUGCCGCCGGACACGCGGCGCCUGGUGGCUCGUUUCGUGGACCGGCAGCAGCGGUUCCUGGACGCCGUCAAGGUCCUGCCCUUCGACCCCCGCGGGGGCAGCGUCUACCAGGAGGUGAAGGUGCUGCGGAAGAAGGAGCCGGUGGACCUGGACGGCAGCCGGGGCAACGCCAUCCCGCUGGGCGAGGCGAGCGGCCGGGAGCCCAUCGGGGAGCUCGUCCUUCCCGCCGGCGCCUUCCUGCGCCCCUCCGGGGAGGUUUUCAACGGCACGGUCAGAGCCAGCGUCACCUUCCUGGACCCCAGGGACGUGGCGACGGCCAGCGCCGCCUCCAGCGACCUCAGCUUCGCCGACGCCGAGGGCGAGAUCGUCCCCCUGCGCACCUACGGCAUGUUCUCCGUGGAUUUCCGGGAAGGGGAGAGCGGCGCGGCGCUGCAGACGGGGCCGGUGCAGGUGCGGAUGGACACGGGGCAGGUCUGGAUGCCGGAGCACCUGCAGAAGAUGAAGUUGUGGUCCUUGAACCCCGAGACCGGCCUGUGGGAGGAGGAGGGGAUCCUCCGCCCCGCCGCGGGCAGCCGGCGGAAGAGGGAGGAGAGGACCUUCCUGGUGGGGAACCUGGAGAUCCGGGAGCGGCGCCUCUUCAACCUGGACGUGCCGGAGGAUCGCCGCUGCUUCGUCAAGGUCAGGGCCUACAGCAACGAGAAGUUCAACGCCUACGAGCAGCUGGAGGGGGUGGUCAUCAGCCUCAUCAACCUGGAGCCCCAGCCCGGCUUCCCCUCCAACCCCCGCGCCUGGGGCCGCUUUGACAGCGUGGUGACGGGCCCCAACGGCGCCUGCCUGCCCGCCUUCUGCGACGGCCAGCGCCCCGACGCCUACUCGGCCUACGUCACCGCCACGCUGGGCGGGGAGGAGCUGGAAGCCGUGGCCUCCAGCCCCAAGCUCAACCCCGGCGCCGUCGGGGUGUCCCAGCCCUACCUGGGCAAGCUGGGCUACCGCCGCUCGGACCACGACGACCCCGACCUGAAGAAGACGGCCUUCCAGAUCAACGUGGCCAAGCCCGACCCCAACAACAUCGACGAGAGCAACGGCCCCAUCUACUCGUACCGCAGCCUGGAGGAGUGCGAGCGGGCGCCGGCCAGCGCCAACCACCUGCGCUUCUACCGCGUGGAGGUGGAGAAGUACGAGUACAACGUGGUGCCCUUCAGGGAGAGCGACCUGACCUCCUGGACCGGGGACUACCUGUCGUGGUGGCCCAACCCCCAGGAGUUCAGGGCCUGCUACAUCAAGGUGCGGAUCGAGGGGCCGCAGGAGUACAUGGUGAGGUCUCGGAACGCGGGGGGCACCCACCCCCGCACGCGGGGGCAGCUCUACGGGCUGCGGGACGCGCGCAGCGUGCGGGACCUGGCGCUGGACGGCACCUCGGCGGCCUGCGUGGAGUUCAAGUGCAGCGGGAUGCUCUUCGACCAGAGCCUGGCCGACCGCACCCUGGUGUCCGUGGUGCCCCAGGGCAGCUGCCGCCGCACGGCCGUGAACGGGCUCCUGAGCGAGUACCUGAGCCGGCACCCGCCGGCGGCCGACAACAACCACACCGGCGCCUUCGCCAUGCUGGCCCCGCUGGACCCGCUGGGCCACAACUACGGCAUCUACACGGUGACGGACCAGAACCCGCGCCUGGCCAAGGAGAUCGCCAUCGGCCGCUGCUUCGACGGCACCUCCGACGGCUUCUCGCGGGAGAUGCGGGCGGGCGCGGGCACGGCCGUCACCUUCGCCUGCCAGGAGCGGCCGCCGGGCCGGGAGAGCUUCUUCCAGCGCCUGCUGACGGCCCCGGCCGAGGCGCUGGCCGAGAUCCGGCGGGAGAUGGGGGCCGGCGAGCUGCGCCGCGCCCCCCCCGAGGUGAUGGACUUCGCCUCCGGCGCCCGGGCCCCGGGCCCCACGCCCACCCGCCGGACCCCCAGCAGCCCCCGGAGGCCGGGCCGGAUCCGGGGCCGGCCCUGAGCGCCGCGGGCCCCCCGCGCCCCCUCCCCGGCUCGGCUCCGCCCUCCCUUUCCCCGUCGCUUUUUACCCGCGCUCAUUUAUAACGACCGGGGGUGGGAGGGGGGGACGCGCCGGGGACACGCGGAGCGGGACCCUCCCGGGGCACGGGACCGCCGGGGCGUGGGGAGGGGGUGUCAGCGGGCCCCCGCCGGCCUCGCCAGCCCCCCCGGUGCUGCCGCUGCCCCCGGCCCGGCCCCGCGCGGGGCAGCUCUUGGUGCUCAGCCCCGGGACAGCGCACGGGGUAUUUAAAUAAAAGGAAUAAAAGAGGGGGUGGAAGUAAAGAGGGGACGGGGCUGGGAUGGGAAGGGGGUCCCCGCCCCGUGGAGCUCCCGCGUGCCCGCGCCAGGGCUGAGGGUGCCGGGAGCUGGGAACGCCCAUCCCAUCCCUGAGCCCCACAGGGAAUCGGGGGGCUUGGAGGGGGGAAAACGCCUGGAUAAUGGGGGUAAGAUGCCCUCCCUGUGGUGCCAGCCCUCCAGCCGCGGUGCCAGCCCCCCCCCCCCGGCACCCUCGGUGACCCCGCGGCACGGGGGGCAGGUUUGUACAUUAUUUAUUACGAAAUAUAGAGUUGUGUGUA